ACUCGUCAUCACAUCAGUCUGGCAAACACAGAAGAGUUGCAUGUUUAUUGUCACUGGAUGAAGUUCCGUCCAGUUUAACACAUACGCAUUUCUGCGUUCCGUUUUUAGUUCCGCGUGUCUAUAAAACUCGUACAUUUCUCCCGUUUUUUCCCCCCUUUCUUUCUUUUUUGUGGGGAGUCGCUCCAUGUCUGUUUGCCAAGAGACAACGUGUCGAGGGAAAUAUCGUCCUUCAACAGCCAAAGAAAAACUCUGAGCAACUUUAUAUAAGAUCUACAUCCCAGCCGGUUCCAGAACAGCAGUCGUAACCAUGGCGACCCGAGGCCACGCCUCCAGCUCGUUAAUGAGCAACCACACCAAGGAGCGGGUGACCAUGGCCAAGGUCACUCUGGAGAACUUCUACAGCAACCUCAUAUCCCAACACGAGGAGCGCGAAAUGAGGCAGCAGAAACUGGAGAAGGUGAUGGAUGAGGAAGGGCUGCCUGAUGAAGAGAAGCGUGUGCGGCGUUCCCAACACGCUCGUAAAGAGACCGAGUUCCUCCGUCUGAAGAGAACCAGACUGGGUCUGGACGACUUCGAGUCUCUGAAGGUGAUUGGACGAGGAGCGUUCGGAGAGGUGCGUCUAGUUCAGAAGAAAGACACAGGUCACGUUUACGCAAUGAAGAUCCUUCGCAAAGCCGACAUGCUGCAGAAAGAGCAGGUGGGUCAUAUCCGGGCGGAGCGGGACAUCUUGGUCCAGGCAGACAGUCUGUGGGUGGUGAAAAUGUUCUACAGUUUUCAGGAUAAACUGAAUCUUUACUUACUCAUGGAGUUCCUGCCGGGAGGUGACAUGAUGACGCUGCUCAUGAAGAAAGACACCCUGACGGAGGAGGAGACGCAGUUCUACGUGGCCGAGACGGUUCUGGCCAUCGACUUCAUCCAUCAGCUGGGCUUCAUACACCGAGACAUCAAACCCGACAACCUGUUACUGGACUCCAAGGGUCACGUCAAACUGUCCGAUUUUGGCUUGUGUACGGGCCUCAAAAAAGCGCAUCGGACUGAGUUUUACCGCAACCUGAACCACAGCAAAUCAAACGACCUCACGUUUCAGCACAUGAACUCCAAGAGGAAGGCGGAGACGUGGAAGAGAAACAGGAGGCAGCUGGCCUUCUCCACUGUGGGAACGCCGGACUACAUCGCUCCCGAGGUCUUCAUGCAGACCGGAUACAACAAGCUCUGCGAUUGGUGGAGCCUGGGCGUCAUCAUGUACGAGAUGCUGAUAGGCUACCCGCCGUUCUGCUCAGAGACUCCUCAGGAGACGUAUAAGAAGGUGAUGAGCUGGAAGGAGACGCUGGUGUUUCCCCCGGAGGUGCCGAUCUCAGAGCGAGCGAAAGAGCUGAUCCUGCGCUUCUGCUGCGAGGCCGACCACCGCAUCGGCGCGGCCGGCGUCGACGACAUCAAGAGGAACGGCUUCUUCGAGGGCGUCGACUACGAUCACAUCAGGGAGAGACCCGCGGCGAUCCCGAUCGAGAUCAAGAGCAUCGACGACACGUCGAACUUCGACGAGUUUCCGGAGUCCGACAUCCUGCAGCCGCCAAGUCCGGCGGUGGUGAGCAACCAUCAUCACCCGGAGGCGGACUACAAGAACAAGGACUGGGUUUUCGUCAACUACACCUACAAGCGCUUCGAGGGUCUGACGGCCAGAGGAGCCAUCCCGUCCUACAUGAAGAGCGGGAAACGAUGAGGAUAAAACACGAAAACUCUCAUUUCUACCCAAAACACUACCAAAGAACACUUCCAUAUCCAGUCGGGUCACGUUUGUAACGCUGGAUAUUUCAACUGCUUUAUUUACACGUUUUUUAUUUAUGCUUUUCUGCCAUCAGAACUAUUUGUGGGUAAGUUUUGGCAGAUUUAAUACCAAAAACCACUUAUAUAAACGCUUCAUUUGUAGCUCUGAAGUGCAGUGGGUAUUUAAAGCGUUAGCCUAUAUAUAGAGGUUAUGCAUGGACGUCACUUUCCCGCGGGAACAGCCGGACUGAGUGGCAGAAGAGCUGCUGAGGGACUGGAUUUAACAGGAGAAACUGCGCAAAACGAGAGUAAAACAAACGAUUAUCAGUUUAAACUACAGGGUUGGACUCGACAUAGUGUUUCUAACAACUCACCAAAGAUCCAGUGAUCAUGGAUAUUGACAUGCAGCAGGAAUCGUGUUUUCUGACAUUUAUACGAGCCUGAUUUCGACGCUGGGGAAAUACAUAAAGCAAAUUUGUCUGUGAACGCUUUAUAUAAAUACAUUAUAGGUAUAAAUCCGGGUGUUCACUUAUAUCAAUAUAAUAUAUAUCAUCAUAUCGUCCAGCCUUAAAACUUGUGUAGUUUUUUUGUCAGUGUUUAUUUAAAAACAUCCAAUUAUGCAGAAUAUACGAUGGUAAAUAUUUAAUCGAUAAGUUGUCGAUACAA